AUGGAGGAAAUAACUUCGACGGUUGCAGUGCCAUUUCCACUUGGGAAUUUAAUACAGAAAGAGUCAGCAGUGACAACACAAAUGGAAAUAUCUAGUUUAAAGCUUAUGGCAAAUACAGCAACUGUAUUGAUGUUAAAUCCUGCUUCCGUCGAGGAUUGUCAAUCCUUUUCUGUUGGAAGUGAAGACGACGUCGACAUGUAUAUUAGUCCACAACAAAACCAAAUAUCAGUGUCUUUCGAGGUUAAGGAGAAUCAAGUUGGAGCUGAAGUUGUCUCUGAAAUGGUUCAUGAAAGUGACGGUAACGGAAGAUAUGAAGAUGAGUUCAAGAUACAUGAGGAUUUUCUGCGCAUACAUAAUCCAUCCUCUCAGUCUGCAAUUUUGAGGACUAAUUUGUCUGAAAUGAACACACCGAAUACCAUGAUGGUUGAUGAUGAUAUAAAUGUUAAGUCUAGUUUGAAUGAGUCGAUGAAGAACGUGGCUUCUGUUGCGAUGAACCACGAGAGUGAAGGUGGAAGUAAUUCAGGUGGUCCUGAUUCAAAGCCAAUUGCUGUAGUUCAUGCGACGCUAGAGAAGCAAACAAGUACAACAAGCUGUGAUAAUGGUUUGGAAUUGAGUGAAACUCCUCUUUAUGGUUUCUCAUCAGUUAUUGGAAUGAGACAAGAGAUGGAAGAUGCUAUUGUUAUUAAGCCUCAACUUUUUCAAAUACCUUCUAUGAUGCUAAUGGAGGAUCAAGUGAAUGAAAACACAAAACACUCACUUGCACACGUUUUUGGUGUCUAUGACGGACAUGGAGGAAGUCAGGUCGCCAAUUACUGCCAGAAACAUCUUCAUUCAGUUUUGGUUGAGGAGAUAGAAGCUGCAGAAUCCAGUUUAUCUGAAAAUAAAGAAAAAGACAAUUGGCAGGAUCGAUGGAAGAAAGUACUAACCAAUUGCUUUCAAAAAGUAGAUGAUAAGAUUGUAGGAAUUGAUGCAGCUAAUCGUGAAAGGAGCGGUAACGAUGGCUCUGAGGCAAGUACUGAAGAAACUCUUGCUCCUGAGACUGUUGGAUCCACUGCACUGGUUGCAAUUUUAACUCAAUCCCACAUAAUAGUUGCAAAUUGUGGCGAUUCACGAGCGGCUUUGUGUCGAGGAAAAGAAGCACUGCCACUGUCUACCGACCAUAAACCAAAUAGAGAGGGUGAGUGGGAAAGGAUAGAAGCCGCCGGAGGAAAGAUCAUACAAUGGAAUGGAUACCGAGUUCUCGGUGUUUUGGCAGUAUCAAGGUCAAUUGGUGAUAAAUACUUGAAACCAUGGAUAAUUCCAGAUCCAGAAGUCACAAUUGCCCUCCGAGAGAAAAACGACGAAUGUCUUAUUCUAGCAAGUGAUGGUUUAUGGGACGUGAUGACAAAUGAAGAAGCAUGCGAGAUUGCUCGAAAGCGAAUCCUUAUUUGGCAUAAGAAAAACGGAACCAAUGCAUCAACCAUACAAAUCGACGGAGUUAAUCCUGCAGCUCAGUAUGCUGCAGAGUAUCUAUCAAAACUUGCUCUUCAAAGAGGAAGCAAAGAUAACAUCUCAGUUAUUGUUAUAGACUUGAAGACUCAAAGACAAAUCAAGAGAAAAGCAUAA